CCACAUGCAUAAAACCGAUUCCACCCCGCUGCCAGAUCCUUGCACGGCUUCCCCCCCAUUCACGCCCCGCGAUUUAUAAUCUUACGACUCCAGCUGUCUGAUUCCAACCCCGCACUACCUCUAUCAACACCUACAGGAUGCCGGCUGCAGCAGGAACAGGAGGGGGGAUUAACAAUGGAAGUUUGCUAUGGGCCAUGGUGAUGAGUGCCUUCGCUGCAUUCGGUGGUAUUCUCUACGGUUACGACACGGGUACCAUCGGAGGUGCCCUGGCAAUGGUCGACUGGCUAGAGACGUUCGGCGCCCACGACUCUACUGGCGUUCUCGGGCUCGAGUCUAACGGAUACUAUGUGAAGACCUCGAACAAGAGUCUCGUCGUCUCUAUCCUCUCUGCGGGAACAUUCUUCGGUGCUCUGGUCGCUUACCCCAUGGGCGAUAUUGUCGGCCGUAAGUGGGGUAUUAUCGCCAGCUGCUGUGUCUUCUCGCUGGGUGUCGGACUGCAGUUGGAUACCCAGUGGGCGACGUUCAUUGUGGGCCGUUUCAUCGGUGGUAUCGGUGUGGGCCUCGUCUCGGUGUUGGUUCCCAUGUACCAGAGUGAAUGCGCACCGAAGCAGAUCCGUGGUCUCAUUGUCGGGCUGUACCAGUUCGCCAUCACCAUCGGUGCUCUGCUCGCAGCCAUCGUGUCCAACGCAACCAAGAACCGCGCGGAUCACAACGCUUGGAGGAUUCCUAUUGCCCUCCAGUUCGCCUGGGCUCUGAUUCUCAGCGGUGGCAUGGCCAUGCUCCCGGAGUCGCCGCGGUACCUGAUGUACAAGAAUCGUGUACCUGAAGCGCGCAAGAGCAUGGCCGAUUGGCUAGCGCACCUGAAGACUCGGAAAUCGUUUCUGCUGAGGUCCGCGAAAUCGAGCUUGCCCUUGCAGCCGAGGCGAACAUCGGAAAUGCCAGCUACCUGGGUACGAUUCAUGUUUCUUAACUAUCUCUCCGGUGCUCAUUUAUUCCGUGCAGACUGUUUCCGUGGUGGAGAGUACAAGAACGGAUUCCGAACAUGGACGGGUAUUCUCAUCCAAGGAUGGCAACAACUCACCGGAAUCAACUUCAUCUUCUAUUAUGGCACAACAUUCUUCUCCAGUGCUGGUAUCAAGAACCCAUUCAUCAUUACGAUCAUCACGGAUGUUGUUAACAGUGUCAUGACGCUCUUUGGUGUGCAGCUCAUUGACAGAAUCGGACGUCGUCGUCUGCUCUCAUCGGCGCCGCCGGCAUGCUCGUCAGCCAGUAUAUCGUUGCCAUCGUGCGUCGGUGUCACUGCCGGACAAGCUACGGCAUCUGGCGCUGUGAAUCUCGCCGCGCAGCGUGUCUUGAUUGCAUUCGUGUGCUUCUACAUCUCGUUCUUCGCCAUCUCUUGGGGCCCCGUGACUUGGGUCGUCGUCGGCGAGAUCUUCUCAUUGAACCUGCGUGCGAAGAGCAUGUCGCUUGCUGUUGCCAGCAACUGGCUCUGGAAUUUCGGUAUCGGAUACGCGACCCCGUAUCUGGUUGAUCCCUCUACCAAGGGCCAGCCGAACGGUGUUGCCACUGCCGGCCUCGGUGUGAAGGUCUUCUUCAUCUGGGGCUCGACCUGUGUCGGAUGUCUCAUCUUCACGUACUUCUUCGUGCCCGAGACCAAGGGCUUGUCGCUCGAGCAGGUGGAUCUGUUGUACAAGAACUCACUAUCCGUGGAUCGGUCAAGUACCGGGAACACAUGUUGGAUGCCGACGCCAGCUACACUGGCAAAUCUCAGACGGAGCACGUCGAGAAGGUUUGAAGAUAUUUGAAGGAAUGAUUUAGGAACAAAAUCUAUGCUAAGCUUCACUAAUGUGUGUUCACGAUCUCGGAUACUCCGACGCACGAAUAAUGAUAAUAUCUGAUCAUGGUCAAAACAAAGUGUCCCAUUCCGUCCCAUCGCAACUACUAGUACUAGAUAUAACGAGUGAAAUAUACAUUGAUUACAUAUUAGUGUCUCUGUAAAUCUGUCCGUCUGCAAUGGGUCAUUCAGUACUCCAAGUCGGCGCGGGUUUAUGACGACGCACAUCCGCAAUGUCUCGUACAGAAACUUGUAGCUCUUGAGGUUGCCUUUCAGCCGUCGGAUGUCCAUGCUGUACAUAUCCUUGAGCCUGUCGAGACGCGUCAGCUCGACUGAGAACCGGACUUCGUCUCCGAUAUCCUCAGACGGUUCCCCAUACACUGCAUCGACUUCGGGUGCGGAGACGGGGGAAGUCAGAUCCCCGUUCUUCUCUGACGCUAUGGAGCGAGCGGGAGACGGCGCCCGACGCGGCAUGAGGCCACGGAAGACGCGACUGCCCUGCAAGAAGGAUGAGCUACGGAACAGCGAAGGAAAGAUCAUCUGCGACUUGCCCGGGGCUCACUGCGAUCCCGCAGUCUCGAAGGGCGUGUGCACCGGAACUUGAACUCUCCCUCAGAUUGCACCGAGACACCCAUCCCAAGUAACACCUCUCGGAUAUGUUGCAUGACUUCUGGGGGACGGCUGGCCGUGAUCAUCUCGUGGUCGACCGCUCCAUGGUGGACCCGUAAGACGGACUUGCUGCUCCGCUUCGUUGUCUGGGAUCGCCGGAACAGAGAUGUGAUGGACACCGCAGAGCUCGUCCGUUGUCGGUGUUCUUCUGUGCCAGGCGUGACGAGAAAUGGCUGCGCCACCUCGACGGAUGACGCCGCCGCACUUGGCUGCGGGGGAGGAGACGAAGAGACGGCACCGGACAGCGGGCUGGACGUGCUGGUGGUUGUCGACCUCCGGCCGCGGCGGAACCACUGCAUGACUUUGUUUUGCUGCUUGGGCGGCAAAACCGGAGGCGAAGACGAUGAAGAAUCGACGAUGAGAGGGUGCAAGAGUGCUCGCGCUUCGCUUCUCGACAUGGUCCCGGGAAGCGCUUCCCGCGAGCCGAUCACACCAGAAACAGAAGACGAAUCCUCGAUGGGAGGCAGAGGCUGGCCGUUGGAAGAGGAUGAUGUUGACGUCGAAACACCAGCUACGAUUGGAUUGUCCAGGAUGGAUGGUCGUCGCCGACGUGGUGAAACAGGAAUUUUCGCGUCGGGGGGUGGCAAUUCUGACAUUGCUCGUUGUCGGCGUUGAGUAUUGUGGUCUACCUGGAUGGUGUGCCUCGUUCGGGAUUCUUCAGCGACGAAAGCCGCUUCCGAGCCGGAGGGGCUAUCCUCUACGACCGGUUUCUUAAGACCCUUACGCCUCUUCCCGGCACGUCGGUAGGCCAGCAUAGUCGUCGCUCCGUCCUCUGCCAGCUUCUCCAGUUCAGCUACGGUCAGCCCGAACGUCGUUGCUUCGCGCAGAUUUAUCUGAAACCACGGGUGACGCAUGACUGUGACCAGCUCGCAACGCAGAACAGGAUUCGGCACUAGCAUCAAGCACAGCAAGUCGCGUGCAUUGUCAGAAACAUGCUCCGCAAAAGACACGGGCGUUUUGGAAAUGUAUGCGUAGAGUUUCGAGAUGUUCUCCGCGUCGGGGUUGUCCGGAUCGUCAUCGAACGGGAGAUAACCGGAGAGCAUUGCGUACAAGAUCACACCGCAGCUCCACACAUCAGCGGCCGUGCCAACGUACGAUCCUUCCUGCAUGACCAGCUCGGGUGCGGCAUAGCACGGCGAGCCACACAUCGUUUCCAUGAGCAAGUCCUUCCGCUGGAACUGGUUGGCAAAGCCGAAGUCGGUGAUCACGAGAUUGCGAUUGCGGUCGAGUAGUAGGUUCUCGAGCUUGAGAUCUCGGUGAACGAUAUUCUUCUGAUGCAUAUACCAGACACCCGACACUAGCUGUGCAAAUAACCGCGCAGCAUCGCGUUCCUUGAGGUGUCGGUGUGCUAGGAUGUGGUCGAAUAGCUCUCCACCAGCAGCGUACUCGAGGAUGAUGCCAAAGAACUUGUCUGUCUCGAAAACGUCGUACAGUCGGACGAUAUUCGGAUGUCGGAGGCUCUACACCAGUCGUCAGGAAACAGCCCACCAGCUUGAGAUCAACGCACGUCAAGUAUCUCAAUCUCUCGCGCAAUCUUCGCCAUUUUCGACUCAUUAUGCACCGACUCCCGCCGUAUAAGCUUGACCGCAGCCUCCUCUCCAUACUUGCAAUGUAUGCCGAGCUUCACUUUGCCGAAUUCACCUUCGCCCAGAGUCUGCAGCAUGUAAUACGAGCCAAACUUGGGCAGCGCCCCCCGUUUCGGGUGAUUCGCGACAAACGCUACCACAGCCGGAUGGGCCAACACGUCGCGGAUUGCGGCGGACGAUCGCGUAGCCGGCGCAGCGGAUUUGGACGAAGUAGGCGUUUGGUGAUGGUGAUGGGAGGCCACCCGUUCGCGUUCGCGAUGCCGCGGAGUGCCGACGGCCACCGACGUCGCUGCCUGGCGUGGCGCACGCGCAGGCGGGUCCAUAGGAAAGGAGAGAGGGAAGAGGGAGAGGAAGCUUGGGUUGCGCGACGAUUCCGUUUAUGGGAUUAUCCGGUGUCGAGACCUUUGAUAUCAGAGAAACGUUGAUAGCGGCUACUUCUCCGCACGUUAUGGGUCAAUGAGUGAAGGCGUGAGGAUUUAGGGAAUGAAGGCAAGUCUGUCGCUGGCCGCUUGUGCAAGCACGUUGGUUAGCUCGGAAGGUUCUGAGAACAAUCAAUGACUCAUAGCGCACUGCUGGACGAUGCUGUACAAGCCGCAAAACAAGCGCCUGACGGGCCGAUACGUAACCGCAUAAGGCAUGCUUGGUGUUUGUGCAACCGACAUUGACUGGUCGACUUUCGCAGCUCAGUAUCUCUGGUAACCGAUGGACCAUGGAGGAGUAAGAACAGGUGCCGGAAUCCACGUGAUAAAUAAUGCGUGUGAGGUAGACUAGGAGUGUCAAGAUGUAAACAGAUGUAUAUGUAACGAGUGCAGUGAGUGAUAGGGAGCGUAGUAAUAACAAAGGAAUGAGCGCAUAUACCUGUGUGAAAUCUUGUACAAGUCCUAAAACAACAGCAAGGAAGUGACCCGACUAUGUUGACCCCAUGGAGAAAGGAUGGAUGAACUUGCUUCACAGCUUGGCCCUAGCUCGAGGCGCGGGCCGUUUGUCGUAUCCCUCGAGCUCCAUCUCCGAUCUAGUCCGCAUCUGGGGGUCCUGGAGCAUAUACUCGUGGAUGACCUCUAGCAAGUAGUCGUAGAACUCCUCCAUCAGCCCGUCGGCAAACACCGAAGUUUCCCACUGCAGCAUCAUGUGGAAACGGCCGAAGAAGGUUCGAGUGUAAAAGAAAAGCCCGCCAGGGCCUUUGCGAGUUGCUCCGACGACAUCCGUCACCUUGAUUGUCGGAUAGCGCUCUGUGCGAUAGAUCCCGGUCGUCAAUCCGACUUGCGACACACCAAUCAGGGCGAUGGAUGGGACAGCCGGAGCCUCGGCAGCCUUGGCCACGACAGCGACUUUGGGGCUGGGGGGCAGCGUGCCAUUAGCCUCGUCGUCAAAACGCGCCCAGUGUUUGGCACGCUCGGCGCGUUCAGCUGCAGCAGCCAGGGAGCGACCGGCAAUUGACGGGUUGCGAGUGUACGUGUGCAUUUGCUUCUGAACAUCCCGGGACCGCUGCCAGAACGCCUUGUGCUUGUCUCGAGCGGGAAGGAAAGCAGGCAGCAUCACGUUAUGAUACGUCAGCGCAAGAAAUGUUUUGGACGCCAGUUUCGACAGUGGAUGCAGCUGGGCAUGAAUGUUGAUGGCAGUGUACAUGAGGAUCGGAAGUGUCUUGUCGGGAGACAAAUCCGGUCGUCGUUCACGCAGAAGCAGAUAUGCAAAGCUGAUGACUGAGAACAUGGCGCUCUGUAUUGUCACGGCUUCGCGCUUGCACUUUGACAGCAUGGUGGUUGAUUGUCGCGGGCUGAACUUGGCCUGAAGUAAACGACAGUGAUGGUCGUAUGCCUUGGACCGAGGAAAAGCGUGUGCGCCCUAACGAAUUGAAUUGCAGAGGAAUCAUGAUCAGAGUAGAAUAUAUACGCACGCUGAACUGCUUCUGGACGUUCUCAUAAUCCGUCUUAUACUCGGCCAGGUCUACGGCGGAUUGGGGAACCUUCAACCGGGACUCGCUGGACGGAACAAUGGCAUCCUGAGCGUCUUGAGGACGAUCCCAACGUCGCAUCCACUCGGAUUCCAGCAUCUUGACCAGUUCUGCGUCCGUUUUCGGUCUCAACUCCGAGCCAUAGUGACCGCCCAUCAUCUCCAACAGUUCGUUGUGCAGAGCGUAGAUGCCUCGCGCAUCGAGCACGAAAUGCGGCGUGUAAAGCAUCAUUUUGUAAGCCCCGACACCGGGAGACACAUCAUUCUCGAGCUCGACUUGAAGAUACGUCAGCGAAGCGGCCGACAGCUUGCGCGUCUGGUUCAUGCAGUCGUCAAUCAGCUCUGCACCGGACAGCCCUGCGAACGUCGUAAGUGAUCGGCUGCCUUCUUCCAUCGCCUCCAUCGGGCUGGCAGGUG